UCACCUGCCCCCAAACUAGGAUCUCAUUUCGUUCCUUCUGCCCUCUCUUUUCUUCUCGGUUCUCUCUGUUAGGGUUAGGGUUUUCGCUAGGAUUUUCCUUCUCUUUUUCGUUGCGGGGGACGGCGAUGGCGCAGGAGGGAGCAGGGAACGGGGAGGCGCCGGCGUCAGCGAGCAUCGCUUCGUUCAAGCCGCAGCUGCUGGUGCCGGCGAUGAAGGCCGACGAGGCGGUGCAGUUCUACAAGGCAGCGUUCGGGGCGGAGGAGCUGAAGCGGAUGAACCACCCCAAGCGCAAGGCCGAGCAGGAGGUCCCCCUCAUCCUCUGCGCCGAGCUCAAGAUCGGCUCCUCCUUCCUUCUCGUCUGCGACCAGACCGAGGACGACUCCUCCCGCGCGGGGGAGGGGGUGGCGAUCGUGUUCCGAUUGGAGACGGAGGACGUGGAGGGGACCGUGGCGCAGGCAGUGAAGGCGGGAGCGGUGCUGCAAGGGGAGAUCACGGAGGAGGAGAGCGCGUGCGGCUGCGGGCUCCUCGGGAAGGUGAAGGACCCCUUCGGCGUCGUCUGGUACGUCGCAUCCACUGCCCAGAAGUGCGCCGCGGCUGAGGCCUAGAUCUCCAUCGAUUCUCUCCUUUUGGAACGGAACGGACUCUUCUACCUAGUUUAUCUUAUUAUCGCUAGUAGUAAAACAGUUGUACUUAAGUAGUUCUAAGUACUUAGAUACUUAAAUGAUGACAGUGGUCUCUGUUUUAAGUAAAGACAUUAUUAAGGCGGUCGUCACGGUCGCCGUUAACUUUGACGGUCAUUGACGAUUGCGGAUAUUGCGGUUGAUGUGGAUUUUUCUGGGCAAGUGGAAAAGACUGACCUUCAUGCGUCGAUUUCCACCCUUAUCCGUAUCUCUCUUUUUUAUGGUCUCUAUUUUAUUUCCUCUAAUCUCUAAUUAACUCUUUAAUUAUCAUUUCUAUAUUUGCUUUUGAUUUGAUGUAA